AUGGCCCUUCUGACACACCUGCUGGUCUGCGCCUUUGGGAUGGGCUCCUGGGUGGCCAUCAACGGGCUCUGGGUAGAGCUGCCCCUACUGGUGCUGGAGCUGCCUGAGGGCUGGUACCUGCCCUCCUACCUCACAGUGAUCAUCCAGCUGGCUAACGUGGGCCCCCUCAUCUUCACCCUGCUCCACCACUUCCGGCCCGGCUGCCUUUCCGAGGUGCCCAUCAUCUUCGCCGUGCUGGGCGUGGGCACCGUGGCCUGCACCCUCUUGGCCUUCUUCUGGAAUGUCACCUGGGUGCAGGGCAGCCCCCACAGCAUCACCUUCAUGGUCCUCACCUUCUUCCUGGCCCUGGUGGACUGCACCUCCUCCGUCACCUUCCUGCCCUUCAUGAGCCAGCUGUCCGCCCACUACCUCACCACCUACUUUGUGGGGGAAGGACUCAGCGGCCUCCUACCUGCGCUGGUGGCUCUCGCCCAGGGCUCGGGUCUCACCACCUGCGUCAAUGUCACUGAGACGCCUAACAGCACCUCAAGUGUUACCACCACCAGGAAGGCCGACAUCCCACAGGGAAACGGCAGCACUUCUGCGCCAGGCCUCCCUGGGACAGCCCCCUCCACGGGCCGCCUGGAAAGCCGCUACCUCCCGGCCAACUUCUCGCCCUCGGUCUUCUUCCUGCUGCUUUCCUCCAUGGUGGCCUGCUCCCUCCUGGCCGUCUUUCUCCUCCAGCGGCAGGCCAGGCGCUGGAAAACCUCCACGGAAGACCUCCUCGCCUCCCAGGUCACCCUCCACUCCAUCCGGCCACUGGGAGAGGACCCGGGCAGUCUGAGCCAGGGCCGCCUGGAGGAGAAGCCGGCGCCCCGCUGCCAGGGCCGCCUGGAGGAGAAGCCGGCGCCCCGCUGCCCAGCCCCUCUGCCCUUCACCUACGCCCUGGUGGCCCUGGUGAACGCGCUCACCAACGGCGUGCUGCCCUCGGUGCAGACCUACUCCUGCCUGCCCUACGGGCCUGUCGCCUACCACCUGUCCGCCACCCUCAGCUCCAUGGCCAACCCUCUGGCCUGCUUCAUCUCCAUGUUCCUGCCUAAAAGGUCUCUGCUAUUCCUGGGGGUCCUCACAUUACUUGGGACCGGCUUUGGGGCCUACAACAUGGCCAUGGCGGUGAUGAGUCCCUGCCCCCUCAUGCAGGGCCACUGGAGUGGAAAAGUCUUCAUCGUGGCUUCCUGGGUGCUUUUCACCGGCUGCCUGAGCUAUGUCAAGGUGAUGCUUGGCGUGAUCCUGCGCGACCGGAGCCGCAGCGCCCUCUUGUGGUGCGGCGCGACAGUGCAGCUGGGCUCGCUGCUCGGAGCUCUGCUCAUGUUCCCUCUGGUCAACGUGUGGAGCAUCUUCUCAUCGGCGGACUUCUGCAGCCUGCAGUGCGCUGCCUAG